AUGUGGAAAAGGGUGAGCAAGGCAAGAAGUAGCGCUAAUUCUGCGGAUCAGGACCACGCGGGCGGCAAACUGAAGUCGCUUUCGAUUUUUCAAUGCUCUUCCACAGGACUCGACGACCACACAACCUGGCCAGAGAGGUCAGGUAUGGCUAGAUCGCGUUUGGCCUGGUACUUCCAACGACCAUGGCUCAGCUCCGAAAGCAGACGACGACGUGUGCUACAUUGAUAUUCACGUCGAGCAUCGCGACGCUACGACCCGCUCGCACCGUCUAGCAUCCUCUACGAGCGUGUCGUUGUCAGACGUGGCUCCUUUGAUAGGUCUCGACCUCACUACGGAAGAUCGAGAAAGGCUAGACGAAGAAGCCUUGCAGGGUCUGCGCGGGAUUCGAGCUGCGCAGACCAUCCGUCAGAGGAAGAGGAGCAUACACGAGGAACCGUCUAGAGAAGAGCUGGAACAAGCGGAGAAGCGUGCUCAGGACGUCUUGUCGCAGAGGGAUAGAGAGAAGUGGAUGUUCGGAAGAGAAAAUGAGGCAGACGAAGAUUCGGCAUCACCUCAGCACAGGACGAAUAUGGGUCGGCUCAACGACAGGCACGGAGACCUUUUACCUGCUCAAGGUCAGCAUAUCGUCGUUCGACUCACGCUCACGCCCUGCGAGGCAGGAGAAGCCGAUCCAGACGUGGGUCCCAUGUUCCAAAGUGGUCCCAAAUCAGUCCACGUGCCAGCUCUGACUUCGGGCGCGGGAGGUCUGACCUUUCUCGACGCGCUGAUGCGUUUCGGUAGGUCUGAGAAGUUGGACGAUGCGCAGAACAAAGCUGGAUCGAACCGUCGAGCGAAGAGGGACAUGAAGCUGGGCGGCGGAUUUUCGGGAGCUUUCAAGCUUCCCGACGGGCACGUCCUUGGUAGUCCGCCGGACGAGCGCCCUCGCAAGCUAAAUUUUGGCCCGAGGACCGACAAAUUUGCGAUGGGCAAUAGCAAGGCCGAUGAUCAGCAUCGAGGGCGCCCUCGAGGCUCAGGUCAGAAUGUGUUCUGA